CAGGCUAACUUCAAACUCAGUGAUGCUCCUGCCUCAGCCUUCCAAGUGCUGGAAUUAUAGGCACCACCACCCUUGGCUGGUUUCCCAGGCAGCGGCCACCUUGGAGCCCGAUGAGCGGAGCAGAGAUGGCAGCUGGGCUGGUGGCCUGGAUGACGACGCUCUGCAGUGGGGGCCUGCGGACACACAUGUCCACGCAGGUCUGAGCCACGCUGCCCUGGGCUCCCAGAACAUGACCACAACCCAGAAUGGCCAUGGGCCGGCUAUUGCAGCACCCUGUUCGGGCUCCGACCUGAAGGACCCCAAGAUGGUGACAUCUGCGGCCUGCCGGAACGGAGGGUACAGAAGCGACCCUGAGGCCCCGGAGGCCCGGCUCAGCCCCUCCAAGCUCGUGCGCCUCUUCUCCGUGAGCCGCAAGCGGGCGGGCGCAGACGGCGAGAGGCCGCGCUCCGUGGUGCUUGUGGGGAGCUCCUCCACGUGGAACGCCCUGGCCUCCUUCCGCAAAAUGGGGUCUUUCAAAAAACUCAAGUCCUCCAUCCUUCAAGGGAUCCAGAACCGAGAGGCGUCCGAGGCCGCCAAGGAAGACGCGUGGGAAGGUGCCCUGGGCACAGGCGUGCCCAACGGGGCGGCGGUGCUGGCGGCGGCGUGAGGACGAGGGCGGCGGCCUCCCCCGGCGGAGCCCCGAGCACGAGCAGGAGAAGGUGACUGCUGAACCCUGGAGGCCAGGCUCGUCCCAGGAGGAGGAGAGGACCGAGGCAGCCAGGAUCUCCAGGAGGAAGUGGGGUUCCGGGAGGAGGACCAGACCACGGCCGCUGUCCGACUACGGCCAGCUGGCCAGCCGCAGCUCAUCCAUUCCCGAAGACUCUGAGGCGGUGCACCCGCAGGGCGAGGACCAUGUGGACGGGCCGCCCCCCACAAGCAUGGCCUCCACCAGCCCUGCAGACCAGACGUCAGCCGGCUGCCCGCGAGGAGGCCGGAGAAGACGCCCCAUUUCCGUGAUCGGAGGGGUCAGCUUGUACGGCAGCACGCAGGCAGAGGAGAUGGAGAGCCUUCUAAGCCAACCUGCAGCCAGGCCUCCUGUGCCCUCGCACCAGGUGCCACCCUACAAGGCGGUGUCAGCCCGGCUGCAGCCCUUCAGCUUUUCGCGGAGCACCCCCAUCGGGCUGGACCGUGUGGGCCGCCGGCGGCAGAUGCGAGCGUCCAACGUCUCUUCAGAUGGAGGCACGGAGUCCUCUGCCCUAGUGGAUGACAAUGGCAGUGAGGAGGACUUCAGCUACGAAGAGCUCUGCCAGGCCAACCCUCGGUAUCUGCAGCCAGGAGGGGAGCAGCUGGCGGUCAACGAGCUGAUCAGCGACGGCAGCGUGGUCUGCGCGGAGGCCCUCUGGGACCAUGUGACCAUGGACGACCAGGAGCUGGGCUUCAAGGCUGGCGAUGUCAUCCAGGUCCUGGAAGCCUCCAACAAGGACUGGUGGUGGGGCCGGAGCGAAGACAAGGAGGCCUGGUUCCCCGCGAGCUUUGUCAGGCUUCGCGUCAACCAGGAAGAGCUGCCGGAGAGUUCCAGCAGCCACCAUGGUGAGGAGCAGGAGGACAGCGCCGGCCGCGGCCCCCACAAGCACCCCGAGAACAAGCACCAGAUGCGGACCAACGUCAUCCAGGAGAUCAUGAGCAGCGAGCGGGUGUACAUCAAGCACCUCAAGGACAUCUGCGAGGGCUAUAUCCGGCAGUGUGGCAAGCACACAGGAAUGUUCACUGCUGCGCAGUUAGCCACUAUCUUUGGCAACAUUGAAGAUAUUUACAAAUUCCAAAGACAGUUCCUCAAAGACCUUGAGAAAAAGUACAACAAAGAGGAGCCUCACCGAAGUGAAAUAGGAUCCUGCUUUCUGCAACACCAAGAGGGCUUUGCCAUCUACUCUGAGUACUGCAACAACCACCCCGGCGCCUGCGUGGAGCUCUCCAACCUCAUGAAGCAGGGCAAGUACAGGCACUUCUUCGAGGCCUGCCGCCUGCUGCAGCAGAUGAUCGACAUCGCCCUGGACGGCUUCCUCCUCACGCCCGUGCAGAAGAUCUGCAAGUACCCGCUGCAGCUGGCCGAGCUGCUCAAGUACACCACUCCGGAGCACAGUGAUUACAGCGAUAUAAAGGCAGCGUACGAGGCCAUGAAGAACGUAGCCUGUCUCAUCAACGAGCGCAAGCGCAAGCUGGAGAGCAUCAACAAGAUUGCGCAGUGGCAGGUGUCCAUCGUCGGCUGGGAGGGCCACAACAUUCUGGACCGGAGCUCAGAGCUGAUCCACUCCGGAGAGCUGACCUGCAUCACCAAGCAAGGCAAGAGCCAGCAGAGGACGUUCUUCCUGUUCGACCACCAGCUGGUGUCCUGCAAGAAGGACCUGCUGCGCCGGGACAUGCUGUACUACAAGGGCCGCGUGGACAUGGACCGGGUGGAGGUCGUGGACGUGGAGGACGGGCGGGACCCGGACUGGAACCUCAGCGUGAGAAACGCCUUCAAGCUGCUCAGCAGGAGCACGGACGAGGUGCACCUGCUCUGUGCCCGGAAGCAGGAGGACAAGGCCAGGUGGCUCCAGGCCUGCGCAGACGAGAGGCGGCAGGUGCAAGAGGACCGGGAGAUGGGGAUGGAAAUCUCAGAAAGCCAGAAGAAGCUCGCCAUGUUAAACGCUCAGAAGGCAAGGCAGGGAAAGUCCAAAGGCUACGGCAGCUGCCCCGCCGCCCCUCUGCCCCAGGGCCUGCACCCGCUGCACCAGCGCCACGUCACGGUGCCCACCAGCGUCCCCCAGCAGCAGGUCUUUGCCCUGGCGGAGCCCAAGCAGAAGCCCUCGCUCUUCUGGCACACCUUCCACAAGCUUGCCCCUUUCCGGAAGUGAGCCAGAGUGCACCCCCGACCCGAGGGAGGGCGGCGCCGCCUCGUCCUUCAGCCUGCGGUGCAGGGACUGCCUUGGGCCGGGUGCUGGAACUGCUCUUCGGGUAUCAGUGAAGGAGAGAAGGAGACCCACUCUCCUGAGACCCAGCUGCCUUCCCAGGAGGAGGAGGAGGUCAGGACACACAAGCGGCAUCUGAGAUGCGCCCAGCGGCCGGCACUUGGGAGCCCCCGUCAUGCUGCACCGGGAGCCUCGCGGGUGACGAGACAAGCGCGCCCGUGCUGUGGUUCUCCUGUCACAACUGAGGGGCUUGCAGCUCACACAGCCGUGACGUAAACGCUCGCUUCCUGUCAUUCGUGACACCGUUGGGGACAUUCCUAGAUCUUAGCGUCCCGUGGGGCUCCUCAGUGGUUCCUGACGUCCCCACUGAUGGAAAUUCAAAGAUGGGGCUUUUCUCAAUGAAAUUACAGUCGCAGAGCAGGUGUGCGCCCCGGGAAUUCGAAACCGCCUUUGUCACAGAAGCCCUUGACAGCAGCACGUGACUGCGCCAGCCUGGCACACAGCAGAUUUCUGAAGAGUCGUUCUCUGUGGAAGAGACCCUAACAAAACGCCGAGACGCAGCGAGAGCGGUGUUGUGUAAGGAAGCCACACGAGCCGGUACUGCAGACAGUACUCUCCUUCGUCCGUACUGUGAAGUGUGACAAAGAUACCGUCUAACCGCGUCUGGAAAAGACAGGCUCUGGUCUUGCUCUGCUCAGGGCACUGGCCGGGGGACCCUGCGUUACACAUUUGUGGACAAAAGAAGUUCACUUUUCUGUGCCAGCCUUGCAAAGGGGUUUUCGUUUUGUUUUGCUGUUUUUCUUCCUCGUAGGCCCACGCUUGAGAGUAAACAAGUGUAACAGUGUCGGAGACAAAGCUGUUGACUUCACAGGUGUGGGGUCUGUCCUGGGGUCUCUGCAGCCCCUUCCCCUGAAUCCAGAACUGUUACUGAAGGAGGUGACAUCAUGCAUUAAGAAAACAUCAUCCUGGACCCCUCUUCAGGGCAUCGUGUGGCCCUCCAGGCCCCUGUGAGCAGCUGUGCAGCCCUUACUGAGGCUGCAUUUCCGGCAGGGUGCGUGGCCCUGGGGCUAACAGCGCCCGGGUGGCCUCUCUGGGCUUGCCCACCGCAGGCCCUAAGACAGUAGUGGUGCUGUGGCUUUCUGUACAGAAGCAGGAGAGUGUGUGCGUCCGUGUGUGUGUGUGUGUGUGUGUGUGUGUGUGUGUGUGUGUUUCAGUUACAUUUAUAUAACUGACGUUUUUACUAACAAAAUGUAAUGAUAUAUUUUGGAAACUACUUAACAUGCUUUUCAUUGCUAAAUAGACUUGUUCGUUUGUACAGUAAUUUUGAACAGUUUUUUUUAAACUGUAAUAUAAAAAGUUGCUUUAAGGAAGUACAGAGCAUUACUUGUUUAUGUUACACGUUCAGUGAGGACUCGGGAGAGUCCCUCGCAGAACUUCCAUUUGCUAUUAUUUACUAACGGACAAUGAAGAACUGCUUUCAGCCUCGUGAGCAGAUGAGUGUACUUUCCAGCUGAGCCCGCCCUGCUGCUUCCCACCUACCUCCAUGGACUUCCUAACAGAGAAUCGCACGCAAAGACAUACUUUUGUUAAGCUCAGUUCAAGACCCAGGGUUGCUCUAGUCAGAUUUAUGCAGUGUGAGGAUCAGUCGAUCAAAUACCUGUCCUCGGUAGAUCCUACUUGGGUUUUCAAGCAAUUUUGAAAACUGCUGACAUAUUUUUUUGAAGGAUAGAACAUGUUUUGAAUUCGUGAAAGUCUGUGUCUGGCUUGGGUUCCAGGUGCCAGAGUUCUGCACAGACUGCAGUCCUCGUGUUCUCUUUUUCAGUUUGCCAGAGCUCCUGCUUGAUAGAAGUUGCAUCUUCCCCUUGGAAGUAAGCAGCGAAGAGCCCUCCACUGGGAUUGUGUGUGAAUUCCAUUGGGAGUUGCCACCCUGCCCUCCCCCUGGGCCAAACAAAAAGAUGACAUAACAUUUUGAUGAAUUUCAUUUGUUCUUCAGUGGUUGCAAUUUUGUGAGCUCUGUUGAGACAGUUGCAAUGGCCUUGGGUCAAAAGCACCAUCUCAGUUCUGCCCAGAACCUAGAAUGUACGCCAGCUGUGGAGCAGGCUCUAAGCAGCCAUAAAACCCGUGUAAAAAAUCGCGGAGAAGUAACGUUCCUGUCCCUGGCACUAGAAAGAGGUGGCAAGCAGUUUGCCCGAGCUUUCCUGGGACACUUGACGUGGCUUGUUUUCGUUAGGUCUGCUUUUUGUCGCGGGCCCAUCUGAUUCGAUUCCUGAAAAUAGGCCGCCACCAUCAAAAGCCAUUUGUAAAUACUGUGCCUUCUUACACCCGCUCCAUGAAGGUUGCGUGCCACACUGCACUUCGCCAUUGUCUUUACACAAAGCAAAGGUGCACUUCACUCGAAAUUCAGUUCACAACAGAAAUCAUCUGUACAAGUGUGCCGGGGAGCCAGCAGCCUGCCGGGUAGAAAUCUCUGCAUGACCGAGUUACGGACAUGCCUCAGCUGUGUUUCCUCGAUGGACUAGGGCGUCGGAUUGCCCAGGCUGAGGGCGGGGUUUCUGUUCAUUGUUCCAUUGCGGAGAGGAGUGUCCCUCAGCGGACCGUGCCAGCAAGGAUGCAUCAAGGGCUUUCUGGUGGUUUGCACGCUGGACUCGCUUCUGGGUUAAACAAACAAAGUUUCCCAUAUAAUACACUUAACCUACAAACAGCUCUCUGUUGAAAUGUACUUGGCCAAUGCUAUUUGUUUUCAGGGUGCAGUGAACUUGGAGUUCAAAAGACUUUGGGAAAAAAUAAGUGGAAACUUUCUUCCAGCUGGUCUUGGAGGAAAAAAAGAAAACGCUUCCGUAUUUUAUGUCAGCUUACUUGGCUCCAGCAUACUUUGCACUGCUGCUUUUAGUGAGGUCAUAGACGUUAACAUUUGUAUUGAGAAAACACUUUGAAUGAUCCUGUAAUUUAAUAAUUGUUCUUUAGGGGGGUUGUAUUAGCACCCAGUGUGGUUUCUCAUCUACCGUGCAAAGCUUUUGGUAACCUUUUAACUUGUGCCCAUAAAGGUGAUGUCAUCUGUGUAAAUCAGGUGACACUUGUGAGCUUGGCUUUCUCAGCUGAAGUACGGUCCAUAAGAUUGCUGUAACUUCAUAUGUAUUUUUGUUGAAUGCUUUUUUUGUACAAAAAAAAAAAAAAUUAUUUACAAUGUCAUUUGAAUGAUUUCUUGUAAAUGCUGUGAAUCUAUAUUUGUUUUGUACCUGUAUAUUAAAAUUAAUUUGCAAUAAAUUUCUAGUAAUGCA